AUCUGAUAUAAAAGGAAAACAAAAAAAUAGAACUCAUAUUAUUGUGGUGUCUAUCCGAAAAAUCAACAAGAUGAAGCAUUUUGCUACAGCACUUCUAUUAUUUUGGGGUUUCGUCGAAAUUUAUGCAGAUUACCCCACGUGUCCCGAAUUGGAUGAGAGGGCUACUUAUUUUGCCGACCCUUACAACUGUUCUCAGUACUACGAAUGUUCUAAUGGAAUCAGAAAUCACAUGACUUGCCCGGAGGACCUUUAUUGGAACGAUAUUCUCACGAAAUGCGAUUACCUAGAGAAUGUCGACUGCAAUUCACACAGCACAACUUCACUGCCCACAGAUACAACUCCGACUCCUCGAUGUCCUUAUGACCCAGACAAAAUAGUUUACAGUGUCGACCCGAAUGAUUGCAAGAGUUUCUAUGAAUGUUACCUAGGAUACAUGUUUUGGCAAACAUGUCCUAACGAUACGUACUGGAACCACCUGAUGAACUACUGUGAUGAUUUCGAAAACGUUGAUUGUAGUCGAAGCGGUACAACUGAAGCUCCAAACUCUCUGAGCCCACUAACGACACCAGCUGCAAAUAUUUGCGGAGGAAAAUCUGAUGGAACCUUAAUUCCAGAUCCAACCCAUAAAACUCAAUUUUACGAAUGUGUGGUUGGGGUAGGUAUCCAUUUCAAUUGUCCACAAGGAACACAAUUUGAUCCAGAAGAACUCAAGUGUCUCAAUGUAUGAAUAACAUAAUUGUAAUAUUUUGAAAUAAAAGAAUAUUUCAAA